AGCAGCAGCCUCCUCCUCCUCGCCGGGCUCCUCUCGGCACUGGGGCCAUCCCCAGCAUCCUCCAUCCACGUGUACACGCAACGGGAGGUGUAUGGCACCGUCGGUUCCCACGUCACCCUCUCCUGCAGCUUCUGGUCCAGCGAGUGGAUCUCCGAGGACAUCUCCAUCACAUGGCACUUCCAAGCCGAGGGCUCCCGUGACAGCAUCUCCAUAUUCCACUAUGCCAAGGGCCAGCCCUACAUCGAUGACGUGGGCAACUUCAAGGAGCGGAUGGAGUGGGUGGGGAACCCCCGCCGCAAGGCCGCCUCCUUUGUCAUCCACAACCUGGACUACACUGACAACGGCACCUUCACCUGUGAUGUCAAGAACCCGCCCGACAUCGUGGGCAAGUCCUCCCAGGUCACGCUCUAUGUCUUCGAGAAAGUGCCCACCCGCUACGGUGUUGUGCUGGGCUCCAUCAUUGGCGGGGCUCUGCUGCUGGUGGCCGUGGUGGUGGCCCUGGUCUAUCUCCUCCGCUACUGCUGGCUGCGGCGGCAGGUGGCCCUGCAGGGAUGGCUGAGGUGA